CAGCACACCAGAAACAAUCAUCGAAAAUGACAUAGUCAAGAUCUUGUGGGAUUUCAUGCUGCAAACAAAUCAUGAAAUUAAGUCAUUCUUGUAGUGGAAAGGCCCUCACUGGACUGCCUAAUGAUCGACAUAGCUGUCUCGGGUGAUAAAACGAUAACUGAGAAGGAGAAAGAGGAGUGUCAGGGUUAUCAGGAUUUGAAGGUCGAACUCCAGGAUUUGAAGGUCGAACUCCAGGAUUUGAAGGUCGAACUCCAGGAUUUGAAGGUCGAACUCCAGGAUUUGAAGGUCGAACUCCAGGAUUUGAAGGUCGAACUCCAGGAUUUGAAGGUCGAACUCCAGGAUUUGAAGGUCGAACUCCAGGAUUUGAAGGUCGAACUCCAGGAUUUGAAGGUCGAACUCCAGGAUUUGAAGGUCGAACUCCAGGAUUUGAAGGUCGAACUCCAGGAUUUGAAGGUCGAACUCCAAAGACUGUGGAGGGUGAGAACGACGGGUGGUACCUAUGGUCGUAGGAGCGUUGGAUAUGGUUACCUGUGAUUCGGAAACCUGGACUGAACGAAUUGGUGUGAAGAUAUGGGCAAGGCUAUUGCUGAAAGCUGCACUGCUAGGAAACGCAAGGAUUCUCAGAAAAGCGCUCGAGGCCUAGGAUUGUAGGUUACAGUCUCCCUCAAGCAAAUAUCCAUUGAUCAGCAUCUAAAAUCUGACAUCUGACUG